AAAUAUUGAACACGCUCCGGUAGAUUAAACUAAAUCGCUUCGAACAGUUCACGAAAUCUAUUCGGUGGAUAAGGAUUAGUAAAAUUGACGAAAUCGUGAGAGCUACUAAUUGAUUAACGCUAUCAAAUAACACUUUACGUCGUUAAUUUGUAAGAAUUUUUGUCGAAGUGGCAAAAUACUUUGCGUAACGCGUUAAAAAUCCUUUCUCGCAAGAGAAGUAAGAUUAGCAAUUAUUGGCAGGUGUUUCGGGCAUCCGUCCGGUAUAAUCAGCAGAACAAAAUCAUUCGUGAUCCAACAUCGUUGAAUCGACCUGUCAAUUCGCAACGGCAUAUUUCUUAGUCAUUGUUGGAUGUGGCGCUCAAUUCAUGCAGCAUAAAUUAGAAUAAAACGAUAAUUUUAUCAGUCACAACGAUUAAACAAUAAUUUUCUAAUCCUUACGAAAUGAUUUCACUUUGCAGAACUGAUUUCGCAAUCGGAACAAAAUCUGUGGGAUUCCGAUGCGAAACCUUUUCUCAGACGUUACUGAAGCAUUUUGUUUCCUGCGCUUUAGAAAAUCAACCAAACUUUUUGGUUGUGUGUAAAUAAUGUUUGGAAGGGUGUAUAACGACCCUGAAAUUUCGUUGCCAGUACCAAAUUGUGGUCAUUAAGAUAAAAAUUUUUUCCGAGUACACGAAGACGCAUCCAUCAUUCAUUGAAACCUUAAAUUUCCUCACGUAUCUAACACACGACAGUAUCCAAUUAUACAACAGGUUUAAAAAAUAUUCUCAACCGAGUUGACGAGCCGAUUUAUCGCCCUCGAGAGAAUCCACGCAACGUAUCUCCGGCACGCGAUCCUUUUCGAAAACCACCGCGUUGAAUCCCCGUAGUUUGAUGCACCGACAAAAAAAGCAAAUGAAAGCGUUUGAAACCGGGCCUAAAUUUCUCUUUGAUCGGGGUCAUCCCCGCACGGGUGUUGGGCCCAACCGGUGGUCACGUGCAACUCGUUUUCCACUCGGAGCCGGGAGCUUCGAAGGAGUCGCUUCGUGACAUAAGUCGUAGGAGCUGCAGUCCUUCGAGAGACGAGAUCCAAGUCGAGCGCGAGGUGCGUUCCGUUCUCCACGUUCUCCACGCCCAAGAACAAGUCCAUCGAUAGAGUGUACAAAACGUUUUAUAAGAAUGCGCGGCAUUGACCUUUUCGUCCUCACCGCGACGCUGGUCCUGCUGCAGGACGAGAAGAUCCUCGCGGAGGAAUCCAAGGCCACCGAACGACUGGGCAACGAGUCAAAACCGUCCCUGUCGAAGCAAACCGCAGUCGCAGUUCCGGUCGAAACGUCGACCGCUGCUCAGGCCCAGGUCACAGCCACUAGAGAGGGGCCUUGCCACUGCGCCAACGGGGUCUGCGGGUGUUGUUCGAGGAUCCUUCUGAGCACUUUUCGCCAGAAGGCCUGCGUCAACGUCACUUACGAACCGGACGACUUCCGGUUCACCGCUAACGUCCUGAUGAACGACAGGGUCCUCUACACAAGAAGCGUUUCCGGCAAAAAUCCGCGACCCUUUUGCGUUCCGGUUCCUCGGAUUCCGAUCAUCAGGGCCUGCGUCAGAUUCUACAACAUAUACUUCCAGGGUCGAAAUGUCCACGCCUGCGUAAACAUGGAGGGAAAGUUUCAGGACACGACUCUCUUCAAGGUUGGUCUGGAUUGCCUGAGACUCGGAUCAAAAGGCGUUGCUGUGGUAAAACCUGAAGACGGCGGAGGAUUGGGCCUGGAAUUCUUGCCCGAAGACAACGACGAUGAUGACGAGGAAAAGGACGAGUACGAGGGAGACGACGCGGGGGAUAACGACGACGAUGACGAAGACGAUGACGAUGAUUUAUUCGACUACUGAAA